AUGCUAGUGCGUUGCUGCGUCUCGUAUUUUGACCUCAUUUCUUGUUUCGAGUCAUGCUGGCAGCUCGCAUUGAGCGAGCAUGACAUAUGGCUUACAGAAGGAAACGGAAAGGGACAAGGGAAAAAAAGCAGGAUUAACAAAAGUAAUUGCGAGGCUGAGAAGAGGAGAGUAAUACGGGAUAGGAGGGUAAUACGACCUUGUAUGGAGGAGUUAUAA